CCGGAUGACCGGUGGAGUCCGUGCACCCUCCGCAGGCUCCUCAGGUCAGCUCAGAGUGCUCCAGCGGGCACUAGCACAAAAGCGGGUAAGGUCUCAGAGGCUGCGACCCUGCUGGGAGAAAGCCAGUCUAGCCCAACCCGACGUGAUUCCUUCAACUAGCUGCCAGGGGGUCCGCGAUUGGCUGAGGGCCGAAGGUCUACGUAAGGAUUGGCUGCUCUAGCCCGGAGGCUGGGCCUGGGGGGCAGAAUCCGCCCUCCGAGACUUGAAAUAGAAAGCCCCCAACAGGAGCCGGCAGAUCCGAGUGUUGGUGCGGUUGACCCACUAGGAAAGCAGACGGCAGGCGGGUUCCGCCCCGAGGCUUCAGGACCAACGCAGGGCGCCGAGGCCCGCGCACCAGGGAGACCCCAAAGUGCCACCCGGCGCGCAUCUGGUCUUUAGCCAUGGGGUCUGCAGCGUUGGAAAUCCUGGGUCUGGUGCUGUGCCUGGUUGGCUGGGUGGGCUUGAUCCUGGCGUGCGGACUGCCCAUGUGGCAGGUGACCGCCUUCCUGGACCACAACAUAGUGACGGCGCAGACCACUUGGAAGGGGCUGUGGAUGUCCUGCGUGGUGCAGAGCACCGGGCACAUGCAGUGCAAGGUGUAUGAGUCGGUGUUGGCGCUGAGCGCCGAGGUGCAGGCGGCGCGCGCGCUCACCGUGGGCGCGGUGCUGCUGGCCCUGGUGGCGCUCUUUGUUACCCUGACCGGCGCGCAGUGCACCACCUGCGUGGCCCCGGGCCCCACGAAGGCGCGCGUGGCCCUCACCGGCGGUGCGCUUUACGCGCUGUGCGGGCUGCUGGCCCUAGUGCCGCUCUGCUGGUUCGCCAACAUCGUGGUCCGCGAGUUCUACGAUCCCGCGGUGCCGGUGUCGCAGAAGUACGAGCUGGGAGCCGCUCUGUACAUUGGCUGGGCAGCCUCGGCGCUGCUUAUGUGCGGCGGCGGUCUGGUGUGCUGCGGGGCCUGGGUCUGCGCCGGCCGUCCGGAGUUCAGUUUCCCGGUCAAGUACUCGGCGCCGCGGCGGCCCACGGCCAACGGCGAUUACGACAAGAAGAACUAUGUCUAAGGGCGGGAGGCACGGUGGGGCCCCUCCCGGCAGCCAAGCCCGGGGUCCGAACGACCCACCCAGGAACCGCGAGUGGAUGGCGAUUACCGCAGGGUCACGCAGCGCAGACUCCAAGGCACGUGAGACUGGGCUGGGACCAGACCUGCCCGCGCCCAUAGCCGGUCAUCUCUGACCCGCACCAGCCCAGCCCUGUCCUGAACAGACGGCAGGCACUGGUGAGGACUUGAUCAACCGCCCUUUCUGUGCGCACUUAGCCACGACGUGAGUGGGGCUCUCGGAUUUUCAGCAGUGAAGCGGGCUCCAGACUGUAGAUGACAGUUUCUACUGUGACCCUGGGGGUUACUGGAUGCUGCCUUAAUUUCCAGCGGCUCCUGCUGAUGAGAGCAGCUGGGUUACUCAGGGCCCCAGCCUGGGCUGCUAGACGGAUGUAUAAAAAGGGCAUUUUCUUUCUUAGCGGGGAGGAGCCCACCGAACUUAAGGUGCUCCCAUCUUACCCAGCGGUCCCCCAGGGGAGGGCUGUGGGUACCAGAGCCUUAGCAGGAGCUGCCCUCCUGGCAGCUUGGGGCAGGGCAGGGUGGGGGUGGGUAAGAAUUUGCUUAGUAAAUGGUUUGAACACUC